UCCUUCUUUAAGGUAACAUGGAGCAACUACUUUCACGGGGACACCAGUCCCUCUGCUUUUACUCUAUCCAAAGUUAACAUGUCGCUGAAAAAUGAGCCAAGGGUAAAUACCUCUGCACUGCAGAAAAUUGCUGCCGACAUGAGUAAUCUGAUAGAAAAUCUGGACACGCGGGAACUCCACUUUGAGGGAGAGGAGGUGGAAUAUGAUGUGUCUCCCGGCGAUCCCAAGACACAGGAAGUGUAUAUCCCUUUCUCUGCUAUCUAUAACACUCAAGGAUUUAAGGAGCCUAAUAUACAGACGUAUCUCUCCGGCUGUCCAAUAAAAGCACAAGUUCUGGAAGUGGAACGCUUGACAUCUACAACAAGGCUACCAAGUAUCAAUCUUUAUACUAUUGAAUUAACACAUGGAGAAUUUAAAUGGCAAGUUAAGAGGAAAUUCAAGCACUUUCAAGAAUUUCACAGAGAGCUGCUUAAGUACAAAGCCUUUAUCCGAAUCCCCAUUCCCACCAGAAGACACACAUUUAGAAGACAAAAUGUUAAAAUGUUAAAGGGGGAGGAGCCCCGAGAGAUGCCCAGUUUGCCCCGUUCAUCUGAAAACCAGAUUAGAGAAGAACAAUUCUCUGGUAGAAGGAAACAACUGGAAGAUUACUUGACAAAGAUACUAAAAAUGCCCAUGUACAAAAACUAUCAUGCCACAACAGAAUUCCUUGAUAUAAGCCAGCUGUCUUUUAUCCGUGAUUUGGGACCAAAGGGCAUAGAAGGUAUGAUAAUGAAAAGAUCCGGGGGACACAGAAUACCAGGUUUGAAUUGCUGUGGCCAGAGAAGAGCCUGCUACAGAUGGUCAAAAAGAUGGUUAAUAGUGAAAGAUUCCUUUUUACUCUACAUGAAACCAGACAGCGGUGCCAUUGCCUUCGUCCUACUGGUGGAUAAAGAAUUCAGAAUUAAGGUGGGGAAGAAGGAGACAGAAACAAAAUAUGGACUGCGAAUUGAUAAUCUUUCAAGGACACUUAUUUUAAAAUGCAACAGCUAUAGGCAUGCUCGGUGGUGGGCAGGGGCUAUGGAAGAAUUCAUCCAGAAACACGGCACCAACUUUCUCAAAGAUCAUCGAUUUGGGUCAUAUGCUGCUAUCCAAGAGAACAUUUUAGCUAAAUGGUAUGUUAAUGCCAAAGGAUAUUUUGAAGAUGUGGCAGAUGCAAUGGAAGAGGCAGAAGAAGAGAUUUUUAUCACAGAUUGGUGGCUGAGUCCAGAAAUCUUCCUGAAACGCCCAGUGGUUGAAGGAAAUCGUUGGAGGUUGGACUGCAUUCUUAAACGAAAAGCACAACAAGGGGUGAGGAUCUUCAUCAUGCUCUACAAAGAGGUGGAACUUGCUCUUGGAAUCAAUAGCGAAUACAGCAAGAGGACCUUAGUGCGUCUACACCCCAACAUAAAGGUGAUGAGGCACCCGGAUCAUGUGUCGUCUAGCGUCUAUCUGUGGGCUCAUCAUGAGAAGCUCGUCAUCAUCGACCAAUCAGUGGCCUUUGUGGGAGGGAUUGACCUGGCCUAUGGAAGGUGGGACGACAAUGAGCACAGGCUCACAGACGUGGGCAGCGUGAAGCGAGUCACUUCGGGACCAUCUCUGGGUUCCCUCCCAGCUGCAACAACAGAGUCUACGGAAUACUUACACCUCAAAGAUAAAAAUAAACCUGAUAAAAAUCUGCCCAUCCUGAACAGUGUUGAUGAUAUGGAUUCAAAACUGAAAGGAGUUGGAAAGCCAAGAAGGUUCUCCAAGUUUGCCCUCUACAGGCAGCUCUAUAAGCACCACCUGCGUGACGCGGAUAGCAUCAGCAGCAUUGAAAGCACCUCCAACACCGGCUCCAUCCGCAGUUUGCAGACGGGUGUGGGAGAGCUGCAUGGGGAAACCAGAUUCUGGCAUGGAAAGGACUACUGCAAUUUUGUCUUCAAAGACUGGGUUCAACUUGAUAAGCCUUUCGCCGAUUUCAUUGACAGGUACUCCACUCCCCGGAUGCCCUGGCAUGAUAUUGCCUCUGCGGUCCACGGGAAGGCAGCGCGUGACGUGGCUCGCCACUUCAUCCAGCGCUGGAACUUCACAAAGAUUAUGAAAUCAAAAUAUCGGUCCCUUUCUUAUCCUUUUCUGCUUCCAAAGUCUCAAACAACAGCCCAUGACUUGAGAUAUCAGGUGCCUGGAUCUGUCCACGCUAAUGUACAGUUGCUCCGUUCUGCUGCUGAUUGGUCUGCUGGUAUAAAGUACCAUGAAGAGUCCAUCCACAGCGCUUACAUCAAUGUGAUAGAGAACAGCAAGCACUAUAUCUAUAUCGAAAACCAGUUUCUCAUAAGCUGUGCGGAUGACAAAGUCGUGUUCAACAAGGUAGGCGAUGCCAUCGCCCAGAGGAUCCUGAAGGCUCACAGGGAAAACCAGAAAUAUCGUGUAUAUAUUGUGAUACCACUUCUGCCAGGGUUUGAAGGGGACAUUUCAACCGGUGGAGGAAAUGCUCUACAGGCAAUAAUGCACUUCAACUACAGAACCAUGUGCAGAGGAGAAAAUUCCAUCCUUGGACAGUUAAAAGCAGAGCUUGGUAAUCAGUGGAUAAAUUACAUAUCAUUCUGUGGUCUCAGAACACAUGCAGAGCUUGAAGGAAACCUUGUCACUGAGCUUAUCUACGUCCACAGCAAGUUGUUAAUUGCCGAUGACAACACAGUUAUUAUUGGUUCUGCCAACAUAAAUGAUCGAAGCUUGCUGGGAAAGCGUGACAGUGAAAUGGCUGUCAUUGUGCAGGAUACAGAGACGGUUCCUUCAGUAAUGGAUGGAGAAGAGUAUCAAGCUGGCCGGUUCGCCCAAGGACUUCGGCUACAGUGCUUUAGGGUUGUCCUUGGCUAUCUCACUGACCCAAGUGAGGACAUUCAGGAUCCAGUGAGUGACAAAUUCUUCAAGGAGGUGUGGGUUUCAACAGCAGCUCGAAAUGCUACAAUUUAUGAUAAGGUGUUCCGGUGCCUUCCAAAUGAUGAAGUACACAAUUUAAUUCAGCUGAGAGACUUUAUAAGUAAGCCCAUAUUAGCUAAGGAAGAUCCCAUUAGAGCUGAGGAGGAACUAAGGAAGAUCCGUGGGUUCUUGGUACAAUUCCCCUUCUAUUUCUUGUCUGAAGAAAGCCUACUGCCUUCUGUCGGGACCAAAGAAGGCAUAGUGCCCAUGGAGGUUUGGACUUAAGAGCUAUACUCAUUUGCAGCUCAAAGACUUCCACCCUGAAGACCACACUGCACACAGUGACUUCCCGGGGACAUCACAGCAAAAGCCAGGCCCGAUGCACUCUCAUAUGCAACCCAUGGACCCUUUGGAAUGACUGGGAAGGACUGCAGUCAUACUAAGGACACUGAACAUCAGCAAGGCUUUAUGAAUCCUUCUGCCUAACCUCAUGAAAGAGGGGCUGCAGUCUUAUUGGUAGCAUGUAUUCGACAACUUAAAACAAUACUCAAAUUCCAUGAAGUAUGCCAAAAUCCAUUUCCUGUGUGACAAUAAUUUACCUGGAACCGUGACCCAGGUUGCCAAAAGUUGCCUGAACCUCCUUAUUCUUCUCUGAUUUUCAUUUAUGCAGCCAAUGUCUGCUGGACCUGCCCUCAUCUUGUAGUCCAUACAGGCAUUGUUUGAGAUACCGUUUAUUACUAGAAGCUAUUGUGAUUCUUCAAGGUUACAUGGAAUGCCCCUGCCCAUCUGAUCCUACAGUAGUGUUCACCCAACCAAGGACUUAGUCAUUAUUCCUUUUCAGUCACUGUACUGGUAGGACAGACCUUAGUCUACACAGCAGCCUGUGUUAGGCACUUGUGAUAACAUUGACACUGUAUCUUGACACUCCGGAGCAACAGGAAGGAAUUAAAUUCCAAUAUUAAGGCAGAGAUUUAUUUCACUUAGCUCCCAAAGGCACUGACAAGAUGUGUCCUUGUGAUUAGACCCACCUGAUCAAAUUUGAAAGCAUGCCCAGGAUAUUUGAUUACACAGCAACUAGAUAACACUCAGAGCAUGCAACCUCAAAAACCUCCAAGGGGUCAGUGGGGAUCUGAUCCAGAUAAGAAAAGAAGAUUCCUUCUAGUCCUGUAAAGUUUCCUGUCAUCCUCAGCUGCUGGAUUGAUUGAAAUUUCAGGGUCUACGUUUCAAAAUCAAACCAGUGAAUAUAAUUUGUCUUUUAAGAGAAUCAAAAGCUUCACAACUCCUACCAAGUUAAUAAGCAUGAGUCUAACCUUGUUUGACAUUCAGCUCUCCUGCUACGUUAUCUUCUUUAAGAAAAAUUGAUUGUAAAAUGUACUACUUUGCUUGCAUUAUUAAAUACACAUUAACAUUCCACCAAAGCAUCCGAGGAAGUUAGGAUACUUACUAAUUCACAUUGUCCUAGUCUGUGAAUUGUUCUGAAAACAUGUUUUUCCUCUUCAGAUGUUAGCGUACCCUUUAGUAGACCAAAGUUCUAAUGUUACUAAGCAGAAGUACCCUCACAAACUGAAAAGCUAAUGUGGGUUCCAAAAGGCCUGUGCCCAUAAAACAUGGUGCAGGCACAAUCAUUAUACAUGUAUAUGGAUUAGCCAGACAGACUGUCAUUGGGUUGUUCUUCAAAGAAGCCAGCACUCCUUUCCUGCUUUCAUGGAGCUAAUACUCCAAUCAGAAAGGUUAAACAAGAGCACAAAAUCAGUGAUGUGGGUUAGUAGAAGAGAGAAAUGGUGUCACAUUCAGGAAAGCAUUUCACAGCUAGGGAACAUUUCACAAAUGAGGUGGGAUUUGGGAAACAGCAAUGGAAAUGAAUAUUUUUGUGAGUAAAUAACCUCUUAUAUGGCUAAAGACGGUAAAAUGACUUCAUUCUGUAGCAAUUGUAAAUAAGACAAUUGCUAUUUACAAAAGAAGUUUAGAAUGGCAGGUGAGGUAUUGAGUGUGUGUGGAAUACCUAAGGAUUUCUUAUAUUUUAUUUUAAAAUAUUUUUUAAACCUUAAAACAGUUAACAAACUGGCUCUAGAUUUUGUGCAAGAUGUUCCCAUAAAACUGUGAAAAAUAAAAGCCUGAAAGGACCCUUUCCCUUAAUAAGUCAUUUAGUACAACCCCUCCCCAUUUUAUAGAUAAGGAAACUGAGGCUCAGAUUGGAUGAAGGACUCACUUAAAUCCACUCGAUAUAGAUGGUAGAACUGGGACUAGCAAAAUUGCUGUAGUCUGUUGUUAGCCUCUCUCUUCAUCAUUGUCCAAAAAUGAGGAUAUGUGGUAGGCAGAUUUCAGACAGGAUAUCUCUAAGCUAUUUUGAACCCUAUGAUAUUAUGUAUUAUGUGUUUGUCUGUGUCCCCCUAUUAGAAUGUAAGCUCCAUGGGGCAGGGACUUUACUGUAUUUUGUAAAGUGUAUCCCCAGAGCCUGGAACAGUGCCUGGCACAUAAGAGAUGUCAGUAAUGUUUGUGAAAUGAAUAAACAAGGUGGAGGAGAGAGCGAAUGAAAUGAAAAA